UUAAUUUCAGUUCAAAAUGGAAAAUGUCCCCCAAUAAAAUUGCCGAUUUAUCUGUGACCCUCUAUAAUUCUCUACCGAAAACCGGUAAACCAAAAGGAAACGAAUGGACGAUUCUAUCUUCUAUCGUCCAAGAGGGACCAAAUGGUAAUUUUACGGUGGUAUCUUUGGGCACCGGAUCUAAAUGCAUUGGACAAUCGAAGAUGUGCCCCAAUGGGACAAUUCUGAACGACAGUCAUGCGGAGGUAAUAUGCCGAAGGGGCUUUAUAAGGUACUUACUUAGCGAAAUUAACCCGGCCUCUAAAAUUUUUAAUUUAAAUAAGCAAACCAAUAAAUUUAUCCUGAAAAACGGAAUCAAAUUUCACUUUUUUACUACUCAUGUACCUUGUGGAGACGCGGCGAUAUUUCCCAAAGAUAGUGAGGAGGAUUGCGGGCGGAUACUUCGUUAUAAUAACUCGAAUGUUGAGCCAGCAAAUAAAAAGAGGAAAAUUGAGGAGGAUAUAUAUCGAACAGGGGCCAAAUGCCUAAGAAAUGAUUUUAGGCAAGACCCAAAAGGUGAGGGCCAAGAUUACCAUGUGUUAGGGGCAGUGAGAAUAAAACCAGGCAGAGGGGAUCCUACUCAGUCAGUGUCUUGCAGUGACAAACUGGCUAAAUGGUGCCAUCUGGGGCUCCAGGGAGCCCUCCUAAUGCAUUUUUUGGAAAUCCCUGUUUAUUUUGAAACAUUUGUGAUUUUAACAGGCACCCCUUUUUCUUGUGAGGCCCUUGAAAGAGCUUUGUCGAAGAGGCUUGGAGAUGUUAAACUUAUUAAGCCUUAUAAAAGACAUGUACCAUUCAUUUGUGUGGCAGAUAAAGUGGAUUUUUGUCAUAAAAAGUCUGAUGGAAAGCAACCAUGUGAUACCAGCAUAAUUUGGUUCAUUGAAGGGGAGGAAAAGGUCUUAGAGGUAGCAGUGAAUGGAAGGAGGCAAGGUGUCACAAAGAAACAGCUUCUAAAAAAAGGGAACUUGACAGUUUGCAAAAGUGACAUAUUUAAAGUGUUUUUGAAGAAAUUUGACAAAGAGAAUGUUAGUUAUAAGGAAGCCAAGGAGUCAAGCAGAAAUUACCAGAAUAAUUGGGGCAUUUUAAAAGAAAGCUUUGGUGCUUGGACAUUAAAGGAUCCUGCCUUGUUGGAGUUUAAUGUAACUUAGGUACAGGAUGGUCCGGAAAUUACAUCUCUCAAAAUUUUUAAUCAUCUCCCAUGUAGAUUAAAGAGAGCUAAGACUCUUCCAACUUUUAAGAGGGCUCUUAGGACCAUGUUAGCUGACUGUCCUUUUUUACUCGUUGACAGAGUUCUUUUACUCUAGAUUUAUUGACUAAAUUAACACAUUGAGCUCCGCGUGCCCACCGGUGGGCACAUCGCAUCGCUUAUUCAGGGACCGCGUGCUCACCCGUGAGCAUGGAUUACAUUGAUUCUGCCUAACGACUGGUCUGGUCCCAGGAUGAGCCAAAAAAUAUAUUGGGUUGGGCAGUUUGGAUAGUUUAGGUAUUUAGUUUAUAAGAGUAGAAAAAAACAACAUUUGAGUUAAUAUACCAUGUUAUAUUACCUUAAAACAGAAAAAAUACUCUUAAAACUUAAAAAUAAAUUGUCAUAAAAAAACAAUCGUUUUCUUAUGUAACCAAAACUUAAAAUACCAUAAAAAUGACUAACCUAAAUAUAAUAAAACUUACUAAAACGACCUAACGUUUGACGAAAUACACACUGCCACAAAGAAACUGCUGACACUAAAGUUUUAAGCCAAAUGUUUUUGGAAGCAAGUAAUACAAAGGGGAAUAUUACACGGUACACAAAUUGUAUUGACCUUUUUCGCAUUUUUUCCAUUGUGAGCCAUUGACAUGGUGCUGUAGCAUUUAGUGCAUCUCUUUCGAGUAACUCGUUUUUGGCCUUCCACUUCCUUCAACGUGCAGCGUUGCGUUCUUGACGUGGAAAGACGAGAAACAGUAUUAAGUUUUUCGUCGUUUUCAACGAGACCUGAAACUACCUCUUCUUUGAAAGUGGUGAUGCUGAUUUUUUUCUUGUUUAUUUUAUUGUAAAGAUGUAACGCGUUUACUAUUGUUGUAGCAGUAAUGAGAUGAAACACACACUAGGCGUUUGUACCAUUUUGAAGUACGCCUUAGAAAAGGCGCGUAUGCUGACAUUUGAUCCGACAAGUCGAUAAAGGCCUUGCCCUGAUUAUAGUCAACAAUUACUUUCGGUUUAAUAACUUCCUUUCCUUUCUUUGCUAAAGUAACGGUAGAAUCAUCGUGUUUGGUGCUUGGCAUGAUGACGUCUCUCUUAUCCUUCCACUUCAGGACUACAGUUUUGUCAUUAUCUUGCCGAGCUACAAUUCCACUUCGAUUCAACUUUUCCUUUAUUACUUCCUGAGGAUUACCUUUGCGGUUUGCUCUAAUUGUACCAACUAAAUGCGUUUUUCGGUCAAUCAGUCUUUUGGCUAAUGAUACGCUCGUGUACCAGUUGUCAGUGUAAAGUGUGCGGCCACUGUCCAAAAGACCUUCCAUCAAUUCCAUGACUACCUUUUCAGAAACUGCAAAUUCACCUGAUUUUUCUCUGCCGGUAUAUACUUUGAAAUCCCAGGUGUAUCCUCCAGAUACAUAACUUGAAAAUAUAGCGGUGUCGCUUAUUGGGUAUAUAUUGUCUGAAAUAAAUGCGUCCUCGAAACGGGACGUUACUCUCGUCGAUACAAAUGUCUUUUUCGGGCAUGUAGGAGGACUUAAAUUUCUUUUGCAGCAUGUCGAGAAAUUCGGAUAUUUUGUAAAGUCGGUCAUCAGAGGGUCUGUCCUUCUCAUUAUCACUUACAUGGAACAUGCCCAAAAUACCUUCAAAUCUGUUUCUACUCAUAAUUGUGGGUAUGCGAUUUUGGUACAACGAUUUGGUUGACCAAUAAUCCCGUAACUGAGGCAUUGGAAGAAGGCCCAUCCAUAAUAAAAUGCCAAAAAAUUUUCGCAUUUCUACGGGAUUGGUAUCCACCCAUUUCGGCACCUUGGUCUUCCGGUUUGGAUCUGCUAUUGCCGCAACAAUUCUCUGUGAAGCAAACCUAUUGGUUUCAGUCACAAAUAGAUUAAUCAUCUCAUCGUCGAUAAAAUAGUUAAAGAAUUCAGUUGGUUCUUUCCCUGCAAAGUCUGCACUAACAGCUGGAACAACACCAACAUUCUGAGGGCUUUCACUGAAAGACAGUCGGUUUCCUUGAACGUGAUCCCAUUUUUGCUUAGUAGUCAAAGUCGCUAGAGGUAAGUUAUCGUCUAGAUCUUCGCCUUCGGAUAAUAAUAUGGCAGAAUUAUCUGUGAUCAGAUAGAUCACUUUUAACAGGAAUAAAAUCUUUAUCUACGAGCGAAUCAUCUGAAAAUCCCGUAAUUUCGUCUUCUAUUAUAUCUCUUGACUCGUCGUCGGACAGAUUCUCCAGCUCCUUUGCCAACUCCUGAUCCGAUAGAUAUUUCUUAGCCAUAUUUGCUUAACUAUGAAACAAAAAAACACAUUAAAGCUAGUGUCCACGGGUGGGCAUUCGGUCCCAAAAUGUAAAAUAGCAUUCUGGGACCACGUGCCCACCCGUGGGUCACCGCAAAAAAAUUACGAAAACAGGCAAAAGUUGACAGAGUAUUGAUCCACAAAACAUCAUAAACUGCAAAAAAAAUUACUAUUAACAAAAAAUAUCCAGAAUGAAAAUUUGGUCCCUGGAAGUAAAAUCCAAAUGCCCACCGGUGGGCACGCGGGGCUCAACUUUGUUUCCUUUCAUAUCUUUGUAAUUUUAUACUAUUUUUAUUAGCAUUGUAGUUUUUUAUUGACAAUUCCUAUACAUUGUUAUGAUGUCUUAAAUUGUCUUUUCUCAAUCUCCGUAUAUUUUUCCAUAAAAUGCUGAAAUAGGUUAUCAAUCAAUUCAAUUGGCGAACACUUGUGUACAUUUUUAAGAGUCUGAUCAUCUUAAUUCUUGAGUUAUAUUACAAUGUAGUAGUAAUAAUUAUUCUUUAUACAUAAUUGAAGCAAAUAAGGCCACAAUAAAGAACAAUAAUAAUAAAAUACUUAUUAAGUUUAAAGUAAACUAGAAUAUACAAAAAAAUAUUUGCCUAAAUUUAACAAUAAGAAUAUCUACAUACAAUAGAAAUAAAAUAACAAAUUUAAUUCAAUAAAAAACAAAAAUAAAAUAUCUCAUAUGCUUA